UUUCUGCUGCUCCCCGCGACCGAGGCACCUCGCACGACUCGUCGCUCAACACGCAGCCCACUGAAGCCUGCGUGCCCGGCUCCACCGGAGGCGCCGACGGUGAAGAUGACGCGCAGAGUCUCGGAGGCGGCAAACGAACAAGAGGGCUCCGCGCACGAGGACAAUCAGGGGGCACGACGAUGUCCCUGGCGCUUGCCUGCGCUGCCACCAGGCGCGGGACACCUCGCGGACGGAGAGGAUACGAGGGCGCUUGGUGCGCGGGCGGCCGUCCGCGCGGUCCUCGGGUUCCGCCGCCGCCCCAAGCGAAGGCGUCGCCAGAAGCUCGGCAGCUUUUCGCGUCCCCCGAUUGGCUGGUGGGCAGACUUUCCCAGGCCCACCAGGCCUGCUGCACUGAAGGGGCGGGCGCCCGCUUCCCCAGCAAGAACAACAAACAAUUAAAAUAAACUGCGCGUACGCAGGCCGCCGGGGCGCUGGUCUCUGGACACCUGGCGCGCCCGCCAGUAUUCAGGAAAACAGACUGCGCGCGCAGGCCGCCAGGGCGCUGGUCUCUGGACACCCGGCGCGCCCGCCGGAGUUCAGGAGGAGGUUGAGGACCCCCAUUGCAGAGGGGGGCGGGGGAGGAAGGCGGGUAGGAUACCAGGAGGACGAGGAGGAGGGGGAGAAGGAACGAGGACCGCGAAGCGCGAAGCGCGAAUAACUUCGCGCCCUCGAGGGAGCCCUUGGAAGAACCACGCAGGCCGAAACCGUCGGCGCUCCGCGCGGGCUUCUCGGAUCUGCGCGCCGCCAGCGCGCGCCCAGCAGGGCGGCGCCGGAGAGGCUCCACAAAAGGCAGGGCGCCCGCGCGCCGGCCCGAGCAGAUCCGCGCGGAGCGCCAGCAGCAGCACGCCACGGCGCUCUCCACGCUGCGAGAUCGCUGCCCCCUCC